GUGCCGUCGGAGUUCGGAUAACCGUCACCGUAAUUGCGUUGGCGACCUCUGUAACUACCUCAUGUCUACCACUUCCAUGAAUCUGCCAACAUCGCUUUCGACAUUGAGCUUGAUUGAUUGUAGCAUUCCUCCCGUCAAGAUUCUGACGAUUCAUCGAUUCAUCAUCACGAAUCUGUAUAUUUAUCUCUUAGCAUCGCGAUCUAUCUUCAGUUUGACUAGUUCGCUGAAGGAAAUAAUCAUCGGUGGUCCAGCAAAUCCGGCGACGAGGCAUCUGUACUCGAUCUUCACUCCGGUGAUUGAGGCUGAAAAGCGUCAAGAUAACAUAGCGCUCCCAUUGCUAUGCAGUCCAAAUUUCUUGGCUCCAACCUCACACGGAAGCCCUGGACAUACGGCCGGUGACAACAGCGUCGUCGGUUCCAUCUGGGAUGCAGUAGAUGUCAGGGGUUACUUUGCUUGGUCGCUAUUGGACAACUUUGAGUGGGCCCAAGGCUUAUACCAAGUGCUUUGGUAUGGUGUUCGUGGAUUACAAGAAUGGUCUCACCCAGCAUCCAAAAUCUUCUGCAUAUUGGUUCUCAAAGUUCUUGAAAGGCGAUGAGAAUAAAGUUGGCAAAGAAAACUAGGUCCCUAUAGAAGUGGAUCCUCUUCCUCCCUCUUACUCAAGCUUGGGUUUUCAUAUAUGAUGCAGCUUGGUAAUACUGUAGUUGGAGAUGAUGCAUUAGGUGAGUUUGUGGAUCACGUAGAUUCCACAGGGAUGCCACUUUCUCUUUGUAGCACCUAUUACGUUUUGUGGU